AAAAUUCAAAAUGAGGUUAGUUUCCAUCGAAGUCGACCUUGAAUGAUAUUUAUUUAUUCUCCUGUAUAAUUAUUGUGCUAUUAUUGCAGAACAUAGUGGAAUAAUUUUUGAAAAUUUCAUUAAAGACUUAAGGACUAACUGAAAUUCUGUUUAUUUAACUUAAUUAAGUGACUCCCUCUAAUUUACACAUCUCAUUUGCUUAUCGUCUUUUUAUCAAAGGGAAAAGUAAAAAAAGUUUGCGAGAAAAAGGAGAAAAAGUGAAUAAUAGGAAGUUUGCCUGUUUUCUACGCAUUGCUAGUGCAGAACGUGCAAAAAGUUAAAAUUUCUGUCCCCCGUAACAUAAAAUACAGUUUCAGCGGAUAUAGCGGGGUAGCCAUCUUGACCAUAUCGUGUCUCUCGUGUCUCUUGACUGGGAAAAGGGACAUUUAUAUUUUCGGCCAUUUUUGUUGCGUCGACGUCAGUUCGUAACGACCAAGUCUUUUGUCGCUAUUCUUUUCCAAAUCUAUUAACUAAUUUUAUUCGUUUUGUGAAGAGUUUCUUGAAUAAGUUCUGCCUUCGGUUUGUUAAAAGCUAAAUAACGUUUCCCUAACAAGGCCAGGAAAAUUACGCACUGAGGAGGAGUAAUAUGAGUAAUGCAGCCAACCAAAAUGGAUCAGGUCUAGAGCAGCAAUUAGCUGGUCUGGACUUGCAGGACUCCCGCCAAGCCAGUGGGGGUCGAUACGUGCCACCUCAUCUACGCAAUAAACCUGCUUCAAAUAACGCACAGCUAGGUGGUAAUCCGUCUCCUAAUAACGGAAGACCAUCGUACGGCGGAGAUCGAGACCGUGGCGGAGAUCGCGGCAGAAGUGGCAGCGGAGGAAACAGUUUCAGAGAUUCGCGUCCCGGUCGCGACGUUGAUUUUGGCAAUUUUGGAAGCCGGAAUAGAAGAGGACCUCAGGAGAACGGACGGGACUAUCGCUACCCAAAUAACGAUCGCGGAGGCGAGCGUCCGGCCAAUUCUGGAAAUGACCGUUGGCAGGAGCAGCCUCGAAAUGAUCGCUGGCCAGACAGGAACGAUCAGCGAAUGGGAGGCUCUGGCGGCAGGUGGAAGGACGAGAGAGAGGGCGGCAACAAAGGUGGACGUUCAGAAAUCGACUGGACAGUUCCGACAGCUCGUGAUGAGCGUUUGGAGGAGGAACUGUUCGGCACUGGCAACACUGGAAUCAAUUUUAGUAAAUAUGAGGAUAUUCCUGUUGAAGCCACAGGAGAAAACAUACCAACAAACAUUACAUCUUUUGAUGAAGUUAAGCUGACAAAGAUAAUAAAGAACAGCAUUCAAUUAGCUGGUUACGAUAAGCCUACGCCAGUUCAGAAGUAUGCAAUUCCAAUUAUAAUUGCACGGCGCGAUGUCAUGGCCUGUGCCCAAACAGGAUCCGGUAAAACAGCGGCCUUCCUGGUACCAAUUUUAAAUCAAAUUUACGAAAGCGGUCAACCACCGGUUCCCCCUCAAAUUUCUGGACGACGAAAACAAUAUCCUUUGGGUCUUGUUCUGGCUCCCACUAGAGAAUUAGCUACACAAAUUCACGAUGAGGCUCGUAAAUUCGCCUACAGAUCACGAAUGCGCCCUGCUGUUGUCUAUGGUGGAGCCAACAUCGUCGAUCAAAUGCGUGAGUUGGAUCGCGGCUGUCAUCUGUUGGUGGCGACUCCUGGUCGCUUAGUGGAUAUGCUUACUCGGGGCAAGAUUGGACUGCAACAUUGUCGAUAUCUGGUUCUUGAUGAAGCAGAUCGUAUGCUUGACAUGGGUUUCGAACCUCAAAUUAGGCGCAUAGUUGAAGAAGACAACAUGCCUCCUACCGGAGACAGACAGACUCUCAUGUUCUCAGCUACUUUUCCGAAGGAGAUUCAAAUAUUAGCUAGAGACUUUUUGAGUAACUACAUAUUUUUAGCUGUUGGACGAGUGGGAUCCACUUCUGAAAAUAUCACCCAGAAAAUCGUCUGGGUCGAGGAGCAUGAAAAGCGAUCCCAUUUACUUGAUCUGCUUGAAGCUGAGAAUCAUCAUACACCUUCUUCAGAGGCCUUAACUCUUGUUUUCGUGGAGACCAAGAAAGGCGCAGAUACGCUAGAAGAAUUUCUAUUUCAAGUUGGAUUUCCUGUGACUAGUAUUCACGGUGACAGGACUCAGCGGGAGCGAGAGGACGCCCUUCGUCGCUUCCGUGCUGGCAAAACUCCAAUCUUGGUUGCAACUGCGGUUGCUGCUCGUGGUCUCGAUAUUCCACACGUCACUCAUGUUAUAAAUUUCGAUCUACCUGGAGAUGUGGAAGAAUAUGUUCAUCGAAUCGGACGUACUGGACGCAUGGGGAAUUUAGGUUUAGCUACAUCAUUCUUCAAUAACAAGAAUCACAAUCUUGUACGCGAUUUGGUAUCUCUUUUAAUCGAAGCUAACCAAGAACUGCCACAGUGGCUUGAUGAUAUGUGUUCGGAGGCUAGACACACUGGAGGAAAUUCUCGUCGCCCAGGGAAUACAAAGAGUAGUCGUUUCAGUGGCGGGUUCGGUGCAAGAGAUUAUCGUCAGCAAGGGGGUAAUAGUGGACCACCUCGCAGUAAUGGUCCCUCUAGUAGGCCUGGUGGUUAUGGAGGUGGUUAUGGAGGCGGUUACGGUGGUAAUUAUAACAAUUCAUCGUAUAACAAUUCAAGUAACAACGGCAGCAAUAAUUCUCAUGACUGGUGGGAUAAGUAAAGAGUUUAUUGGAAUUCGUGCGGCAACUGUUACUAUCAUUAUUGCUAUUUCGCAAGCAAAUUUAAUUAUAACUGAGAAAGACAAACAAAAUAGUUGAUGCAACGGUACACAUGAGUGGAAAUAUUCUACGCUGGAGGUCGUAGUCAAUGUCUUCUAAUAGAAAAUAUUUUUAACACCUACACACACUUGAAAAUUUCGGCUGAUACGUAAAUUCAUUUGAAGCUCAUGCUGCGAAAUUUUUGCGUUACUCAAACUCUUGAACAAACCGAAUGUUAAGUACCGCUUGAAUUUGUUCAACUUGUUUCGAAAUUUCGAUACUGCGAUUAACUGUGCCGAUUGAAUGCAUGUAGAGUAAAUUAUAAUUUAUCAAUAAUGAGUGAAAAUUGGUUGAUCGUUGCUGCUAUUUCGGUCAUGAAUAACAAACACACAAUAGGUGAAUAUUUAGCAAUAUGUCUAGAACUCCUGUCGCGUCGGGACAUUUAGGCUCGUUAUGACUUCACUAUGUAACAUUUAGGGACGUUGGCUUCGCGUUUUUCUAACUCAGGUGAUCAAUGAUUUCAAUCGAUUGGAAAUAACAAAAUUGAACUUUAAUUGCGGACAUGUGUCAGCUGAAUUGAAAACACGCAGACCGACGUCGCCUAAAUAGUAAUUUAUGUUAAUCUUUCUUUUUCUUCAAAUUAUUAUUCAACGACGAAUGGUACGUUGUUCUUUUGUCGUUUACCGAUGCCGAUUAGGUUGCGCAGGUAACUCCACAUGGAGGGACCUCGCAGUAACAAGAAUCAAUGCGAAAAUUGCAAUUACUUUUCCAAAUUCAUUAAACCCCUUUUUGAAAAAGGCCAAUUUUUAAAAAGUAAAUGAAGAUGUAAAAUGUCCUGAUGACUUUCAAGCUCUAAACACUGAAAUUGUCGUUUUUAAGAAUAAUAUGAACGUUAUUACUAAUAAUAUUUACAACAGUGAUGCAUGUAGAAUAGUCAAAAUUAAAGAAACAAACAAAGGUAAAAAAGAAAAAAGAAUGGGUAAUAAAAAGAAAUUAUAUACAAGGUUGCAGUUACAGAAGGAGUAGAACAAAAUGAAAAUAAUGCACUCAGUCGGUGAUUUUGAACUCUUAACAAUUCGAGCCCUUUAAACCGGUCAAGCACCAAUGCAUAUUUGUAUGAUAUUUUCUAAUCAUUGAUCCGUAAUAUAUAUGUGUGCAUUAUAAUACUGAUCAGUUAUAUACAUAACGUUAAAGUAAUUUAAAGAAGUAGGAGGAGGAGAAGAAGAAAAACACGACUGUGAUAUUGAACGAUCUUGUGACAUUCAAUUUCCACGCGAGUUAAUAAACGAAGAAUUCUCAAACUGCAAUUAUAAAAUUAAUCAUUUAGUUAAUUUAUUUAUGGGUUUUGAAUGUCGGGAAGAAUUAGCUCACUUCUCUAUGGAGCUGAACACGAAAUAUAAGUCGUUGCAAUGUGUACUACAAGAACAAAAUGUGGCUGUUGUCCGAGAAGGGAGGGCUGAACAAUAGCUGUUGUAGUCCUUAAAAUCAUAUUUUUCCGGGCAUUAUUUUCACUUAAAUGCCAACCAGAAUGACUUUUUUAAAGUUUUUAAAAGUAGCUUGUUCUGGACCUACAUUGGAAACGAAGCUCAUUAAUGAUGGACGACAAUGCUCGCAGGCGUCAUUGUCGCAAUUGUUAAUGGCGUCUUCACAAAGCAACGGUAAUGCUAAUGCUUUAUGGGAUUGUUCAUAAAAGCAUCGAGUUCUUAUAUCUGUAAUCUACGCGAAAAUUAAAAGUACAAAUUCGAUUUGCGUGACAACUGAUAGAAUUUUUAGACUUGUCACAACUUAUAAGUAUUAUAUUAUUAGAUUUAUAUAGUACCAUCGAGUGUAUGAUACUUGGAAUGUCGUGUGUCGUAUGCUAGUGGACCAAGGUGUGAAUGCUUUUCGAUUGAGACUAUUACAUCGAUCAGUGUUCCGAGAUGUUUGCAAAUACAAAACUGAAAAUGAGAAACGUGACAGUCUUAUCAGUUUAUUAAUCAUUGGUAUGCCAUCAACAUCCGAGAGAGAAAUAACUUGCAGUUUUUCAAAUACUUUUCCUAGAGAGUCUUUUACCUUUAAAUACAUCUAAGUUUAAUCUUCUAUUAUUUUUACUUUUCUUUUUAGUUUUAAUUAGCGUGCAAUGUGCUUUUCAUCUUAAUUCAAUUCAAGAAAUUUUCGUCCAAGCUUACCAAGUUACAGUUUUCAAGUUGAUUUUCGUCUCUAACCUCAUGCUUUUCUCUUAAUGAAUUAUCUGAGAAAAGCUUCUUUAAAUACCAUUUAAAAUUAAAAUUAAAAUUAAAAUUAAAAUUAAAAUUAAGAGUCUUGUGCAAUUUAAAAUUCUUAAAGUAAUUUUUACGUACCUACCUUAUCUUAUUAAUGAACGCGUACUUGUUCAAGUUUUGCUUUCUCCUUGACAAUUUCAAUUAAAUGCUAUCUUUACCAGAUGAAUAUUUCAAAUUUAUUGUGGAGCGCAAUUUAAAUAAAUAAAAUAAAUAAAAUAAAUAAUAAUACAAGUUAACAUGUAAAGCGGGUGUUGUUCCUGUCCAUCAGACUGAUAUGAACUAAUUUAGAGAAAAAGUGUAUUUAAUAACUAAAUGAACGUACUAGAGGGACGUAAAGAAAUUUUUAACCAAUUUUUUAUUUAUAAAAAUGUGUAUUUCGCUUUGUUUUGUGAGAGUCUUUUAAAUAUAAAAAAAUAAAACAAUGUAAUUGAAAUGAUUUUUCGUCACGUUUAGUCCUCUGAGAGUUAUCGGACGAGCAGCCUUAAUAAUUAAUUACUGUACUGUAUGGAGCGAGCGAGCGAGCGAGCGAUCGCAAAACGAGGUUUUGGACAAAAUAUGACAGUUAGCAAAAGAGGGAUUUUGAAUAUUUAUCCGAUAAUGUAAAGUAUACUGAAUGGCGAUAUUGACUGUGACUGCAAUCAUUACUGAGGAAGCAAAUUAUUUCACAGAUUUCCGGGUAGUUUAAAAAUGCAAAUACAUGAAAGACAUUUGCGCAGCGCAAUUAGCGAAUAAAGUAGAUAGUAAGUUAAAUUUUGCAAAAGGCAAACAAAACUAAUUUCUUCAUCCAUCGUUUUUACGAGUGACUUUCUUUUUUCAUUGAAAAGCUUCAUUGUUAUUAUUGAAGGGGAAUCGCGAGUCAGUACAUGGUCUUUACCAAAUUUUCAAAAUGAUGAAAUGGAAAUACAUAUAGUAAUGUGUCACUGCGUUGAUCGCGAAUAGACGAAAGUAAAAAUGAAGCAUAUUAUAAUAAACCAUAAUUUCUGUAUUCACACCAAGUACGUGGAUUGCAAUACGUAAAUUAGAAAAGGUUAAAUAAAUAAAAUGGCAUGGAAACGCUGUCUUCUAUUGAUAAAGCUUUUCAAAUACUUGAAUUCGUAAUUCCCUACUGGCGGACUAAUAUCAUUGUCAGUUUCAUUUGUCAAAAACUUUUCGUUGAAAGUGACAAUGAAAUGUUUUCAAUUCCACUAGGAGGAGAUUAUCGAUUCAGUAUUGGAAAGUAGUUUAGAUGAAUUAAAUAAAUGUCGCUUGUCUUUAAAUCAAACCACAAUAUAGUCAGAAAGCUUGAAUCAUUCUUGCAAAUACGAAUAACAGUUGAAAUUUCCACUUUACUUGAUUUUAAUUUAACGUAACAAUUCCCAAGUAGAAAUUUCGGAAUUUUCCGAAUUAUCAGAAUUUUUCGAAUUUUUCGAAUUCAUAUAAUACAUUCGAGGUCAUGCGAACUAGACUGGCGACAUAAUAGAAUUUCUGCUGGGAGUGAGGUAGAAGCGAAAACAUUUUAAAAACAUGAAAUGCUUAAUCUGUUUUGUCUUUCUUCGCCCAACAAUGAAUAUCAUGUAUCAUUUAUAACUUUUGAAACUUUUGAAUAAUGUUACGAAACUAUUUCCGCUCUUAGAGAAAAGUGACUUUUCUUUAUUGAACGGUAAAUGUACCAUUCUGUCGAUCAUUUAUUAGUUCUUAGAAAUUUACACAUUUAUCAUUUGAAUUAAAGUUGUAAAAGUACGUAGUAAUGGAACAGAAUCAAACAUUGUACUACGUCUUGUGGAUAUUAAAAGAAAUAAAAGGAAAACAAAAUAUAUAUGUUUAAGAUGUAUGGAUUAAAUAAUAAUAAAUUAAUUAAAGUCUCCCCACACCGUUUAAACGCUGCUGCAAAUACAAUCUAAUUUAAUUUAUACUUUCCCUGUUUUAGUGUAUUCACUUAAUUAUUUUUUAUAGUGUUAUACAAAGUGACAGGAAAAUUCUAUGAAUUAAAUCACAAUAAAGAGAUUACAAAAAACGUA